AUGGGCUUUGCCAGGAAGAGAUCAAUGCCAAGUCUCAUCGCUGGUGUGUCGAUGUCAGCUUUGUACUUCACUGCUGGUUAUCUGCUAAAGAACAACAUGGAGUACGGAAUUCAUACCGCUCUGGCCACUUCGGCAGUCUUGUGCGCAGCCGGUAUAAGCAGAUCGCUGAAGGCCGGAUUUAAGCCGGUUCCUGCUUCGCUUACCGUCUUAGGAGCCGCCUCGUCGGCAUACUAUGCCUAUAAAUACACCCAGUUUUACAUGUGA